GUAAAGAACUGAAUAAAAAAGAGUAAGAAAGAACACCAACAACCAACAGGUCCUACACUUCUUAGUUUCCUUUGAGCAGCAGAAAAGGAUGGGUUCUCUCACGCAAGCCUUUGUCGAUGAUCUUACGUACCCAAUCGCUCGACGUGACAAUUCCGUUGCAGAUAACUAUCACGGCGUCCUUGUUCCGGACCCUUAUCGAUGGCUUGAAGACCCUGAUUCAGAUGAGACCAAGGAAUUCGUGGAGAAGCAAGUACAACUAACUGAUUCAAUACUCAAGAAAUGUGAUGUUAGAGAGAAGCUGGGGGAUAAACUUACCAAAUUGUAUGAUUUUCCCAAGUACGAGGUUCCAUUUAUAGCCGGAGACAAGUAUUUUUACUUCUACAAUAGCGGGCUUCAACCACAGAAAGUCCUUUUUGUUCAGGAUACUCCGGAUGGGAAAGCAGAAAUUUUGCUUGAUCCUAAUACAUUUAGCGAUGAUGGAACAGUUGCAUUGAGUGUUUGCACUAUUAGCGAAGAUGCCAAGUACUUGGCGUAUGGCAUUAGCUCGAGUGGAAGUGAUUGGGUCACCAUCAAAGUUAUGCGGAUUGAAGAUAAAGAUGCCUUGCCAGAUACUGUUUCUUGGGUUAAGUUCUCUGAUGUUAGUUGGACCCUUGAUAGCAAAGGUUUUUUUUACAGCCGUUACCCAGCCCCCAUAGGCGACCCUCGGCAAGUGCAAGGUGAGCACUUGCACAAGACCUUCAAAUAGAGGAGUGCCUCCAAAAAAUGUAGGUUGACCAAUAAAGUUAGAAUUUAAAAAUAUCAAUUACAAUGUAAUGAAACGUUACUUAGUCU